AUGUUAAGGCUGAUACCGCUGCCCAAGUAUUUCUCCAUCAUAUUUCUUGAGGCUUCGUCCAACUUCGAAGCCGGUCUAAUUGGUUCGGAAGUGUUUGACAGCUUUUUUUGGGUAGAUGGAGGCCACAGGUACUCCUAUGCUAUUAACGCAUUCUGCACCCAGGGUUUUCUCAUUGCAACAAAGCUGGCUCGUGCGGGUACCGGACUUUUAGGAUUCUGCUCCACAUCCGGCACAUGUCGUGCACGUGACCCUAAGUCGAAGUUGGUUCGGCAAAGAUUUAGCAGAUGUUCUUCAUACUCCAUCCUACAAACGCAAUCAGACCGUUUUCUCUUGCAAACAGGUGGUCGCUACAGGAAUGGUUAUCAUAAGAGUUAA